AUGGAUAAGGAAAACUGUUCCACUGUGACAGAGUUCAUUCUCCUGGGAUUGUCAGAUGUUCCCGAGCUGAGAGUCCCUCUCUUCCUGGUGUUCCUUCUCAUCUAUGGAGUCACAGUUCUGGCCAACCUGGGCAUAGUUGCACUGAUCCAGCUCAGCUCUCACCUGCACACUCCCAUGUACUUUUUCCUCAGUCACUUGUCCUUUGUGGACUUCUGCUACUCCUCAGUCAUAGUGCCCAAAAUGCUGGCCAACAUAUUUACCAAGGACAAAGCCAUCUCCUUCCCAGCCUGCAUGGUACAAUUCUAUUUGUUUUGCACUUGUGUGGUCACAGAGGUCGUCCUGCUGGCAGUGAUGGCCUAUGACCGCUUUGUGGCCAUCUGCAACCCAUUGCUGUACAUGGUCAUCAUGUCCCAGAAGCUCUGUGCAGAGUUGGUCUCUGGUUGUUACCUCUUAGCAUCAGUGUCGGCUCUCAUUCAUUUGUUUUUGGCCCUUGAGAUCCCUUUCCACAGAUCAAAUGGGAUCAACCACUUCUUCUGUGACCUAUUCCCUCUCCUAAGUCUUGCCUGCUCUGAUGUCAGUGUGAAUGAGGUGCUGCUGUUCAUUGUGGCUACUUUCAAUGAAUCUAUGACCAUUGUGAUCAUCCUCACCUCCUACCUGUUCAUCCUCAUCACCAUCCUGAAGAUACACUCUGCAGAGGGGAGACACAAAGCUUUUUCCACCUGUGCCUCCCACCUCAUAGCCAUCGUCCAUGUUCAUGGAACAAUCCUUUCCAUUUAUUGCAGACCCCUUUCAGGCAAUGUUGGAGAUGCUGACAAAGUGGCCACUGUGUUCUACACUGUGGUGAUCCCCAUGCUGAACCCCCUGAUCUAUAGCCUGAGGAAUAAGGAUGUAAAAGAAACUCUUAGAAAAACUCUCAGUUCUAAAACACAUUCCUAG